CCAGGUGCUGCCGCGGGACCUGCCGGCGAGCCGUUUCGUCUAGCGUUCCAGCCCGGACGCACACGCGCGAUGCCAAAGAAGAAGAACCGAAAGGACGACGACUGGGAGGCGGAGGCGGAGGCGCUGGCGCUCGAGGCGGCAGCCGAGUACGAGAAAGCCGCCCGGGAGGAAGGCCGAGCCAGGAAAGAGUCGCGGGUCGACGCGCUGUUUGCAGACGCGAUCGCGCGAGGCAAGGCCACCGAGGCCGAUCUCGACCGGGCCACCGACGAGCUCGCGAGCGGCGCAAAGACCGAGGACGAGAUCGUCGCCUUCUUCUUCCCCAACGCGGCGCUCGGCGCUGCUGCCGGCGCCACCGGCUCCGACGACGCUGCCGCAGCCGGCGCGGCGAAAAAGGGCCGCGCCUGGCGGGAAGGACGCGACGGCCGCGCGGCGCGGCUCGUCGGUGCGCCCGAGGAGGAGGGCGAGGAGGAGAGCGAGGAGGCUGCGGCGGCCGCCGCAGCGGCAGUCCACGCGCUGCACGCCGAGAUCUUUGGCGAGGGCGGCGAGGGCGGCGAGGGCGGCGAGGGCGGCGAGGGCGGCGAGGUGUUUGCGGCGGACGGGCUGAGCGAGCGCGAGCGCGUCUACCUGAGCGAGCUCUCGCUUGAUGAGUGGCGGCACGCCGCCGCAGGCCGGCCAAAGGAGCUGCCCCUGCCGAGCAUGACGGCCGUCUGUCUGUCUGGCGAGUGUGGCGUGAGCACGCACGCAGGCGGGCUCGUUCGCCUCUGGGGCGCUACCACCGGCCGGCGCCUCGCGGCGCACCAGCAGCGGAUCGAGCUGACGGCGUGCGCCGCUUGCGGCCCGAUCUUUGUGGCGGGCGAUGCCGCCGGCGCGCUGCACGCGUACAACACCGACGCCGAGUUUGGCGCCCCCCGCGUCUCUCGCUCGCCUGGCGGGGAAGCGGGGGUGCGCAGCGUCGCUCUGCUGCCGGGCGCGAACGGCGGUUCUGUCCUCGCUCUCUGCGCGUCGCUCGACGGCCUCCUCUCCGCAUCGCUAGUCCAGGUGGAGCCGUGGCCGACCGCGCCGCUGCCGCGCGCGCGUCUCCCCGCCCCGCCGGUCGGUGGAGACACUGGCUGCCCGCUCCACCUCGCCGCCGGCCCUCCGGGCGGCGUGUUUUGCGCGGCGGGCGGGGCGGCGGCGCUGCUCGACGUCGAGGUGGCGGCCACGGCGUGGAGCGGGCAGGCCUCCUGGCCGGAUGCGGGUGCGGUGCCUUGCAGCUGGCGAGGCGCGGCGUCGCGUGGGGCUGGCUUGGCCGCGAGCAUGGGAGCGAUGCGGCUCGCGGGCUCUGCAGCGGGUGAGGGUGCAGGGGCGCCGGCAGCGGCGGAGGCAAUCGCGCCCUCGAGGCCAGUCAGCUACAGCCCGUUCUGGCGCCUGGCCGCCGCCGGCUCCGACGGCGCCGUCUCGCUCUGGGACGUGCGGUGCAACGGCGAGCGGGGGCCUGCGGCGUCGGUGAGCUGCGAGGGCAGCGCCGCGUGGGUGCAUCUCGACGAGGGGGGCGGCAUGGCGGGACACCUCGCAGUCGCGGCCUCCGGAGAGUCGCCCCGUGGCGUCGAGGUCUACGAUGUGCGGCGUCUGCCGCGCGCGAGGGACGCGGCCGCCGUGCGAAGCGUCGCCAGGCUGGCUGCGCCGCCCGCCGCCGUGGAGGUUUGCUUUGCGGCCCUCGGCAGCACGCUGGUGGUUGGCGGGGGGGCGACGUGCGCUGCCUCGUGGCGCUACUGCGGCGCGGUGGCUGCUGCGGACGCGGGCGAGGAGGAGGAGGAGGAGGAGGAGCGGCGGCCGAAGAAGGAGAAGAAGAAGAAGCGGCAGGCGACCAAGGAGUUCAAGGGCUCGCGGCAGGCCCGGAUGGCGUGAUCGUGAGUCUGAGUGCCGGAGGCCGCAGGGGCGCAGGGGCGAGGGGGACCACAGCGACGAGCUA